UCGACCUUUAAAUAUAUAAUCAGACGCAAAGAAUCCAUUAUCAGUGCAUUCGUUACAGCAUCCAAAGAUUUACCGAAGUACCGACCCUACGAACUCAAAACAGUGACUCAGUGCCAUCUUUUCAGAUACAGUGAACGGGCAAGUCGCAGAAAUCGGGUAAGCUUCUUUAUUGAAGUUUUAGCUAGUCCCUUUUGCCAGUGAAAUACCUUAUAAUGAGGAAGCUGGUUCACCUUUUCUUUUUGCUGGUCGCCAUAAACAUCGUGGUAUCCUAUAAGAUAAGCGGAGAUCACGAAAAGCACAAGGAAGAGUACAAAAAGGGUGGUGGAAAGGAGUUUAAUGAAGAACAUCAUUCGGAACAGAGUGAGAAAGGCGAUAAGGGGUAUGAAAAGAAAAAAGUCGCUGAGAAAGGAGAGAAAGGACAUCAUGAUAAGGCGAGGCAUCAGAAGAAGUAUAAUGAAGAGGGGGGAUCUAAGAAGAGCCAUCACGCCGACGAAGGCUACUAUGUAGAGAAGCACGCUGGCGAAAAAGGAGAAAAAGGCUUCAGCUUCAAGGAUCAUGGCAGCUACGCUAAAGGGCAUGACACUAAGGGUGAGCACAACGUGAGAAAGUUGAAUGAGUUCAAGAAGAGGACUGAUUUCUUCGAUGAAGACCACGACCAGGCAUUCAAGGAGAACCAUGGAGAAUAUGAGCAUGAGAAGGGGUAUAAGGAGGGUGCAAAGGCCAAGGCAUCGAAGAAAGCUGGGGGCUUCCAAAAGGCAGGCUACGGAAAAUCCAAGAAACAAGAGAAAGGUGGACAUCACCACGCAGACAAGGGCUACAAAAAGGGCGGUGGCAGGGAAUCCUUCUACGAUAAGGGAGCAAGCUAUGGCGAUGAAGGCAAAAAAGACGGGUUCAAAAAGUACGGAUUCGAAAAGAAGGGAUAUUAAGGCAGGAUGAUUUGAGACGCUGUUAUAUUAUUGUAAAUAUUUAUUAAAUUAUACUGUUAUUUAUUUUAUAUUAAUGUGUCAUAAAUAAACGAGCAUAUAUGUAUA